AUGGGCAGCGGCAUCAGCUCGUGCAGCGGCCCGUCAUCCGUGGAUGUCAAGAGAAGCUUCUUCCUGACCCAGCCCCAGUCUGACAAUCAAAAACAGCGGGGUCACUGUGACCCAGACAACAACAACGAGGUCAGCCUGGACGACCUUGAGAGGCACUUCUUCGACAGCGGCCGCGGAUCGAGCACUCCGCGCUGUCUGUCGAGUCGACCGAACGUUCGACGCCAGGAGAACAGAGAUCCGUUCAGGUCGCACGGAAUCCUAAAACAGACGCAGCACUCCAUACCAAGUCUCGCCAGCUUCACCAUCAAAGAGGAAGAGGAGUCUGGGAUGAGCAAGUCGAAGAAGAGACAGUCGGCAAAACGCGUACCGAGACCCAAGUCGGCUAACGUCAGGAAGCGGAGGAACACGAAGUCGGAGCAGACGGGCGGUUCGGGAAUACUCGAGAAAAGUCGACGGACGGACACGUCGGAUGACGAUUUCAGUGAUCUCUCCGACAGUUCGAGCUCCCUGCAGAGCGAUUUCGACGAUGACGUCAUAUCUAUUCCAGACGAGACUCAGAACACGCCAGGACUUGACGAUAGCGUGGUCAAACUCGGACCUCAGUUUGUGGUCGAUCACGGUCAUCAUUCUAACUGGUGGGACACGCCCACCACAGAUAUCUAUGACGUCAGACACAAUUCUCGCGAGUCGGGGAAUUCCAUAAUGAAAAAAGCAAGUGAACGGUCAAUUUCGAGUAUUAUUCUAACCUCAGUUGAGUUUUCUACUAACACAGAGUGGUGUGGUCUAACUAACGAUGCUGAGAUCAACCGCAUUCGACAGAAAAUAGAGUCUGUUGAAGAUGCGUUGUGGGAUCAGCUCACCCGGAUGUCUAGUCUUGACGAUAGGGGGCGCUAUGAAGCGAUAAUCAGGACAGCACGACCCCAGUUUGUUAAACUUUUAUCUGAAUUCAGUCACACCGGUGACCAGGUGGUUUGUGACAUGGAGUCUAUACACUCUAUCGAAAGGACGUUUUCUGAACGGUUGAAGAAACGUCAUUCGACCUUGACACGGUCAGAGUUCUCCAUGAUGGUCGCCGAGUAUCUGCAGGCAGUUGAAGGUCACCUCAAAUCAGAAUAUGACGUUGACACGACUGACCAAUCUACAACAGAUUCCGGCCGCUGUCAUUUUUCGUCGAGAAACUGCAAGUCGGCUCCUCGUGCUGACGUCAUUUCACAAACAGGGAGCUCUGUGGAGAGGACUGCCAGUCUGAACGAAAACACAUAUGAGAAAGGCAGACGACGCGGAAUUAUUGCCGAAGCCAGAAGUAUACUAGAAUCUCAUUGGUUGUCCAUAACAUAUAAAGAGUUAACACAGCUGAUUGGAACUUUUCGUGAUGUGACGACCAAUAGUGACACGGAAUGUCGGUCUUCAGACUUUGAAUCCUUACUGAAAGAAGACUACAUACCGUCACUGGCCCAGGAAGACCUGUUUUUCGUCAACCAGUACCUGGAGGCACGGCGGACCCGUACGCUCAACAAGGACGAUGCCAUCUCCACCUUUUUACGUCAUCUAACGGAGAUGAACCAGCAACACAUUGACGACCAUCAUCAUCAACAACAACAACAACAACGGCUUCAGCAACAACAGAAAGAGCAGCAGCAGAUUCCUGGUUCUAACGGUCGGACCAGUACCGCGAGUGAUCGAUCGCGACCCGCCACCGACUUCAGCAUGAUCAGCACGAGUCACGUGCACGCCAACUUGGACGAGAAGGAUAGCAAAUCAACAAAAAGCAGACCCGACAGCGGGGUCGUUGUGACGUCAUCGUCUGCUAGCUAUUCGAGUUCUGAGGCUGCGCGAGAAGACAUUGACGUCUGCGCAGAUACAUCAUGGAUAACAGCCUCGCUAGAUAUGUUAGAUAGCAUACUACAGGUUCGAACUGAAGAUCAUACCAGCAUAAAAAGUUUAACGGACGCCAUCACCCGUUCAUGCAGCAAUGUUCAACUCAAAGUGCACGCCAUCUACCGGUGGCUGGCCAGUCAGAGUCUCCGUUACUACUCCAAGGUAACCAGGAAAGGCAACUCUCCGACAGACAAAAUGAAGACUCUUGCUGAUGGGAAGACGUCAUAUUCUGUAGUCUUUCAGGAGCUGGCAAAAACUGCUGGUUUGAAGUGUGAGAGAAUAGAGGGUUUCGCGAAGACGAAAGACUACUUGCCCGGAUCUUCGGUGAAGUCCGAUUGCUUCCAGCAUUCCUGGAACGCUGUCUUCAUCGACGACCAGUACCGACUUCUCGACGUCCACUUCGCGUCUCUCCCGUACAAGUUUUUCACAGAACACUUCUUCAUGACUCCGCCCGAUGAAUUCAGGCUGUCCCACUUCCCCAAUGACAGGAGAUGGUUGCUAAUGAACCAGUCCAUCUCGCUGGUGGAUUUCGAAGACACCCUGAAGACCUGGCCCGCAAUGUUCGCCUUCAACAUCCGACCUCUCAGCAUGAAGGCGACGAUACGGACGUUUGACGGACGCCUUAGCAUCACCGUCCUCUUGCAGAAUGUCGCCGUCACUCCCCACCUGCAGUACGAUGGACCCGGACCGUCCGUGGACAACGAAAGCCUGACUCAUAAGAUUGACACAGAAAUCCGAAGCAUGGACAGUGCAGAGACCUUUCAUAUGAAGCUUCCCCACGAAGGAGUGUACUACUUCACGCUGCUAGUUCACGACAUCGAAGAGGGCGAGGAUAUUCCUGCAUUCCAGUACAAACUGGUUUACAAGGACGAGUUGUUGUAGUUGCCUUAAUACGUUUGCGUGCAUGGACUUAAUUACCGUUGAAGCAUUUGUCAUUAAUGAUAUAUCGGAUGACCACAACAUUGAAGAAGAUGAAGACAUUCCUCCAUUCUAGUACAAACUGGUUUACAAGAGCAAUCUGUUGUAUUUGCUAUGGUGGAAUUAAAAAAGGGAUGUUACUUUGCAUGCACGAAGUUAAUUACCGUUGAAGCAUUUGUCAUAUACGAUAUAUUGGAGAGGAUGAGGACAUUCCUCCAUUCCAGUACAAACUGGUUUACAACGACGAGCUGCUGUAAUUGCUUUAAUUUGGUGUAAUUAAAAAAAGGUUGCAUUUGUGUGCCCGAACGUAAUUUCCGUUUAAGCAUUGGCGAUUGUUUUGGUCUGUGAUAAUGACAUAUCAGACAUAGCGGAUGAGAUCAUUCCUCCAUUCCAGUACAAACUAUUUUACAAGGACGAGCUGUUAUAGUUUCAAUGAUAGAAUAAAAAACACAAAAACAACGGGAUGUUGCAUUUACGUACACGAACAUAAUUGCCAUUUAAGAUGGUAGUGCUGUGCUUGUGAUGUUGGUGGCAUCGUUGUGUUGAAAGAACUGUGGUAAACCAUCUGGAAUGAUGUAUACUAAGAAGUUCAGGAAAUACGACAAUUGUUCUCCAGUGUUCACGUUCAGGUUGAAUUCCACAAGCAACUUUUUCAGGUCUGUGUCCAUUCAAACUUCACGCAUGUCCACCCUGGGAGGAAGCUUUGAUAUCUCCAGUCACUGCGUCGAGAACGGAGCAAUCGGGCUAGGACAUCGGGUUUCCAUUUGUACAAACUUCAGUGUAUGAAAUAUGAACAAUCAAAAUUAGGCUGUAACAAGUGAUACUCUGUGACAGGUGAAUGAGUUUGAUGUGUAUUUAUUAAAACAUGUUAGUGUAUUGACAUAGCUCAGAGAGUAGAUAUCAUAUAGAAUGGAUUAUAAAACAAAUAUUUUACAGAUAAAUGAAGUAUUACCCAGCUGAUUCGGUCUUAGAUUUUUGCCGUGAAUCGGUCAUUGAGAAUCCUUAUACAAAACUAUAUAUUCUCUUUGGUAUAUAUUUCCUUUUAGCCACCAGUAACACUAUAAAACGGGUCCGUGGGAAAUAACUGUGGACUAGUAGGGGAUGAAGAUACAUUGAAACAACUUUCAAUUAAUGAAAUUUGAAAGCUGUAUAGGUUGUGGUACUAUCCUGUUGUUAUUUUAAACCAUGUGGUUAUUGUGUCUUUGACUUCUUUAGAAAUAAUUUAGUUUUUCACUUGUUUGAUACAAGUGUGAACACACACACACACACACACACACACACCCCUCUCUCUCUCUCUCUCUC